UCGCCAUAUAAACGUAAUGGAGUUACGUAUCUCACGUGAAUGUCAUAUAACUGCAGUAAUGCGAAUUGACUUGCUGUUCAAUAACCUAAAAAAUGGUUUUACAUAAAUUCGCCCGAUUCGUGCAAAGAACGACAUUUUUGAAUAAAAGAUGUUACAUGAACAAGAAUGGAAAUCUGCGAUUGUUUAGCACGAUGGUGCAGCAACCGCCAAUAACUCGGAGUUUAGUGAAAGUCAGUUUAAUCGGUGCGGCUACCGGCGUUGCUAUAGGUGCAGGUUAUGCUUACUACAAGAUCGACAAAGCCCGGGAAAAUAUCGCUCUAGAAGGAACGCAAGCAGAAACCGUACUAUUAAAAUAUAAACCACCUAUUACUCCAUCAAGAAAAAUUGUAUGUCCGGUGGAUGCUACUGGCUUGAAACUUACGUUAUUUCAAUAUCAAACAUGCCCUUUCUGUUGCAAAGUUAGAGUUUUUUUAGAUUAUUAUGGGAUAUCUUAUGAUGUUGUGGAAGUAGAUCCAGUACUCCGCAAAGAGAUUGGAUGGUCUUCUUAUAAAAAGGUUCCAAUUCUGCUGACGAAAGUAGAAGAAGGCUACCAACCUUUGAAUGACAGCACCAUGAUAGUGUCUCUCCUUGCUUCUUAUUUGCAUGACCCAUCUCACAAAAUUGAGGAAUUGGCUAACUAUUAUCCAAGUAUAGGAAUGCACGAUGAACAGGGCAAUUUUAAAUAUGAAAUGAUAAACAAAUAUUUUCUCAUGUUUAAUAAACAACUUCCAAAAGACAGAACAAUGAAUGAUAUAACUGAGGAGCGUACUUGGAGAAAAUGGGCAGAUGAGGUCUUUGUUCACACACUUUCACCAAAUGUAUAUAGAACACUCGAUGAAUCUUACAGAACUUUUAAUUGGUUUUCAGACGUCGGCAAGUGGGAGGAGUACUUUCCAACAUGGGAGCGACUGUUAAUAGUAAAUGUAGGUGCAUUGGCAAUGUGGUUAAUAGGGAAAAGACUCAAAAAGAGGCACCGUUUAAAGGACGAUGUCCGACAAUCACUGUACGAUGAAGCAAAUUACUGGUUGCGCGCAAUCCGCACACGCGGUACCACAUUCAUGGGUGGCAGCAAGCCCAACCUGUCCGAUCUUGCGGUGUACGGCAUUUUGAAGAGCAUCGAAGGCUGCGAUGCUUUUCAGGAUUUACUAAAUAACACUAAAAUUGGCAAUUGGUAUACCGCUAUGAAAGAACAAGUUGAAACACACUCGGGUAGCAUCAAUUUAAGUAGAUAAUACAUUAAGUACGAUUGUGUAUAGCGUUAUUUAUUUACAUAUAAAUAUAAUACUUAUAAAUAUGCAUAUUUAUUUUCUA